AUGGGAUCAUUUAUUCUCGAUAAUAUGCGACCAUUAGAAACAAACCUAUAUUUAUGGUAUUAUGAUCAAGCACAUGAUAAUCCAUGUCAAGUUGAAAGAAGAUCUGUUGAAGAUGUUCUUCCACAUUCAGCUAUUGUUACUUUUGGUCCUAUUGAUAAAAUAUUAAUUGAAGCAUCACUUAGCCAUCCAUUAAAUGAAGAAUUAAUUAAAAAAUUUGUAGAAUCCAUAGAAUAUAUAAAUGGACUUGAGCGUACAAAAAUUUAUGUACAUGAAAAUAGUUCAUUAAUUCGUUUAACAUCAUUAAAUUCAAUUGAUUAUAAUGCUUUUCGAACAAUUGAAUUUACGGAAAAUUUUUGUCCCGGUUCAAUUGUUAUAUUAAUUGAUAUUGAACGUGUUCCUUAUCGUUCAUCAAUUGAAGAACGAUCAAAUGGAAAAAGUUUCGAUGCUUAUUCAAUACCAAAUUAUGGAAAACUUACUUAUUGUAGUCUUCAAGGACAAAUAUCUAUUUUAGAUAAAAUUCGGUUUAAUAAUGAUCUUAAACAUCCUUUUAUAAUUUAUUUUAAACAAGGAAAUUGGUUAAUGGAUUAUAUAUCAACAAGAAUUAAAAUUCAUUCAAAUACAAAACAAUUAGGAGAAUGUUAUGAAGAUAUUUUUAGUCAUAUUAAAAAUUUAUCUUGUUUAAUUAUUCCAUCAUAUUUUGAUUUAAUUUUAAAUAAAUCAUAUAAAUUAAUAAAAGAACAUAGUUUAAAAUUUAAUGAAUCAGUUUAUUCGUUCAUCAUCAAUAUUUGCUCAAGAACUAAGUCAACCAUUAAUUUAAUUAAUAAGUAUUGUAAGAAAUGCUCGUUUACCAUUAUUAUUACCAAAUUUACGUGUAUCAAAACCAAUAGAACAAAUUGAUGAACAGGUGACCGGACAGAUCGUCGCGAGACAAAACGUCGCGGACAAUUCGUUGCGGACAAAUCGU